CCCAACGGUCCAUUUCCUACCCAAUAGCUAACGCCAUAAACUCCCUUCUCCCCCCACUUUAAUUUCAACAUCCCACUCUCUCUCUCUCUCUCAAUAAUUUCUGGGUCUGAUCUCCAAUGAACUCUAGCGUAGUUCAGCACGUAACCAAAGCGUCUUCCGACGAGCUGCUAAGAAAAUUCGCCGAACAGGAACCCGAAUCCUGCGAUGAAGCGCCGGCGAGAAAGGAAGAGCUGCGCCUCUCGAAGCGCCGGAAACGGAGCCAGACGAUCAGAGUGUAUGAUUGUAAGAGCCCAUUGAGCUGUAGCAGUAGCUUGGCGGAGAGGAGAUCGCUUCUUCCUCCAGCCGCUCGCCGGUCGGCGGUGGUGUUCCGGCAACUGGGAAUUGGGAGAUUCAGAGCUAGGGAUAUCAAGAACAGAUCCAUUCUGGAAACCAUCGAAAAGACAUGGCGCAAAACUGUGGAAGGGGCAUCAAAGGUGUUUGUGGAGAAGCAUUACAGCAGGCACAAGCGAUUGGUAAACGAUGUCGUUUAGGCAUUGGCUGUCAGAUUUACUAAAUCAAACAUUGGCAUUCAAAUUUGUUAAUUUGCUUUAAUUAUUGAUUCUUUAAUCUUCUUGUUAAUUAAUUAUAGUUAUUUACAAUCUUCAAUACAAAAUAAUGAGUGAUUUGUCGUUUCUCUAAA